CAAAAGCAACAGAGCUAUUCAGUCACCUCCUGGAUUACAGCCUUUAUAGCCUUCCUCCAUUCAGUCACCUCCUGGAUUACAGCCUUUAUAGCCUUCCUCUGUUCAGUCACCUGGAUUACAGCCUUUAUAGCCUUCCUCUGUUCAGUCACCUGGAUUACAGCCUUCCACAGUUAAGUCACCUGGAUUACAGCCUUCCUCCAUUCAGUCACCUCCUGGAUUACAGCCUUUAUAGCCUUCCUCCGUUCAGUCACCUGGAUUACAGCCUUCCUCCAUUCAGUCACCUCCUGGAUUACAGCCUUUACAGCCUUCCUCCAUUCAGUCACCUCCUGGAUUACAGCCUUCCUCCGUUCAGUCACCUGGAUUACAGCCUUCCUCCAUUCAGUCACCUCCUGGAUUACAGCCUUUACAGCCUUCCUCCAUUCAGUCACCUCCUGGAUUACAGCCUUCCUCCGUUCAGUCACCUGGAUUACAGCCUUCCUCCAUUCAGUCACCUCCUGGAUUACAGCCUUUAUAGCCUUCCUCCAUUCAGUCACUUUAAGGUCUGACAGUGAGAACAACAUACUCCCAUGAGCAUCAACCCCACUACUAGAUGAAGAGAACUCCAUCGCUGCCAAUGUAGCGAACCGUAUGUCGGGCAGAGUGUUGUAAAGCAGUACCUCUGUGUUGUGAGCGAGGGUUAUUGACGUGAUGUCUAAGCAGCAUCAUCCUAUCAAGGACUCAGAGGGACUUCACCUCUCCCCUCGCCAUUCCCCCCUUCACUCCCCCGUGUCCCUCAGGCCCGCUCCUCUCUCCCCUGUCCACCACCCCCCCUUCCCCCUUCACUCCCCCGUGUCCCCCAGGCCCGCUCCUCUCUCCCCUGUCCACCAACCCCCUUUCCCCCUUCACUCCCCCGUGUCCCCCAGGCCCGCUCCUCUCUCCCCUGUCCACCACUCCCUCUUCUCCCAAACUCAGCUCCCCUUCCCCCAGCCCUUCUCCCCCCUCUCUCAGCCCCAGGACCUAGUAGAGACAGACUUCCCUUCUGAUGUGGACACAUGUCAGCUACUGUCUCCCGUCCCCCAGCCCUCCUUGCAAUAUGGCUACCAGGACUAUACCCAGGACCAGUCGUACCAGCAGACAACGACCCACCCUGACCCAGAAACGCUGCAGGACUACCACAACCAUGGCUCCCAAACUAACCUCAACCAUCAGCUGGACCGGGGAAAGAACCACCAGCUGGACCAGCAGACCUACACCAGCAACAGAAACCACCAGAGGCAGCUCAAGACCCAAAAGGACCAUCAGACUCCCAGCAGCUAUCAAGUUCCCCUACUGGACUCCCAGACCAUGUACAGCAACCAGAAGAACCAGCAGAACCAUCACAUGAAACAGCAGUCUCUGGACCUUCAGACUCAACUGGGCCUACAGAACUGCAACCACCAUCAGAGCCAGCAGAUGGAGGUGGACCAUCAUCAACAUCAGUCUGUCCAGAGCCAGCUACAGAACCAGGUGGACCAUCAUCAACAUCAGUCUUUCCAGAGCCAGCUACAGAACCAGGUGGACCAUCAUCAACAUCAGUCUUUCCAGAGCAAGCUACAGAACCAGGUGGACCAUCAUCAACAUCCGUCUUUCCAGAGCCAGCUACAGAACCAGGUGGACCAUCAUCAACAUCAGUCUUUCCAGAGCAAGCUACAGAACCAGGUGGACCAUCAUCAACGUCACUCUUUCCAGAGCCAGCUACAGAACCAGGUGGACCAUCACCAGCAUCAGUCUUUCCAGAGCCAGCAACAGAACCAGGUGGACCAUCAUCGACAUCAGUCUUUCCAGAGCCAGCUACAGAACCAGGUGGACCAUCACCAGCAUCAGUCUGUCCAGAGCCAGCUACAGAACCAGGUGGACCAUCAUCAACAUCAGUCUGUCCAGAGCCAGCUACAGAGCCAGCUGGAACAUCACCAGCGUCAGUCUGUCCAGAGCCAGCUACAGAGCCAGAAGCACCAGGUCAGACUCCACAUCCUAGCCCAGCUCCAGAGACAAGAACAAGGACAGGGAGGGGGCUACGGCCCCCCACAGCCCCCCUCACAGAACCACAGUCACACCCAGCAGCACACACACAUCUCCUACACUCAAACACAGACCCUCGCACAAAGCUCCUAUCUGUACACACAGGCACACGCAGACCAACAACCAAGCCCCUGCUUGUACACACAGCCAACACAGAGCCCUCUUAUCUCUGUGGAACCCACCUCACCCUGGUACCCUGGUCCCCAGUCUUACUCCAACCCUUACCCUUUCCCUCACUUCCACACUCAUCUCAACUCUAACUUUAAGUCUCACCCUCAAUCCAACCUCAACCCUAACCCCAACCCCAACCACAACCCUACCUACAGCCCCAACCCAAACCCCAACCCAAACCCCAACCCCAACCCCAACCACAACCCUACCUACAGCCCCAACCCUAACCCCAACCCUAACCCCAACCCCAACCACAACCCUACCUACAGCCCCAACCCUAACCCCAACCCCAACCCCAACCACAACCCUACCUACAGCCCCAACCCUACCUACAGCCCCAACCCUAACCCCAACCCUACCUACAGCCCCAACCCUAACCCCAACCCUAACCCCAACCCUAACCCUAACCCCAACCCUACCUACAGCCCCAACCCUAACCCCAACCCUAACCCCAACCCCAACCCUAACCCUAACCCUACCUACAGCCCCAACCCUAACCCUAACCCUACCUACAGCCCAAACCCUAACCCUAACCCUACCUAUAGCCCCAACCCUAACCCUACCUACAGCCCAAACCCUAACCCUACCUACAGCCCCAACCCUAACCCUAACCCCAACCCAAACCCUACCUACAGCCCAAACCCUAACCCCAACCCUAACCCUACCCACAGCCCAAACCCCAACCCUAACCUUACCUACAGCCCAAACCCCAACCCUAACCCUACCUACAGCCCAAAUCCUAACCCCACUUACAGCCCCAAUCCUAACCCUACCUACAGCUCCCACCCUAACCAUAGUUCCUACUCUUACCCUCACCUCAGCCCUCAAUCCAGCCCCAUACCCCAUCCUAACCAGCCCAGUCCAAGCCCAUCCUAUAUCCCCUACCCUAACCCUAGCCCUAGAUGCAGCCCUCUCUACCUCUCUCCCCCUCUCCUCCUGCGUGGGGGGUGGGAGUCAGAGAGUGGGGUAAGUCCAGCCGUCCAGCAGAUGACCACAGAGAGGAGAGGACCACACGUGAACCACCUGAAUCAAUUGAAUCACUUGAACCAUCUGAAUCAAUUGAACCAUCUGAAUCAAUUGAAUCACUUGAACCAUCUGAAUCAAUUGAACCAUCUGAACCAGCCUCUCUACUCGCCCCCAGCACAGCAGACACAGAUGACAGUGACAGAACAUUUGGGAAACUAUGAGACACCAAACUGCAGCAGGUUGCUGUGUUCUGUGUGUCAGAGGGUCUUUAAGAGUCUUCCUGCUCUGAACGGACACAUGCGCUCUCACGGAGGACUCCGAGGACAGACCGGCAGGUCACAAACAUACAGGACGAAGGAAGGGGUGAUUCCAGGGUCUCCUGUCCCCAUAGUGAUGCCCGUCUCUGUGCCCGUCAGACUCCCUGCCUCCCCCCUUCCAUGCCUGGAAGAGGAGUGCCAAGAGGGGGAGGAUGAGGGAAGGAGAGAAUGGAAAGAAAGGAAAAAAGACAAGAGGAGGUAUCCCCAUCGCCACUCUCCUCUUGUCCUGACCUGCCAGUCCACUAGGGGUGCUGUGGUGUUCCAGAGUGUUCUGCGUUCAAUUGUUCAACUGACCUACUACACCCCUCCUCCCAUGCUGAGGCCAGACAGGGAGGGAACUGGGCUAUACUGCUCUCUAACCGCGAGUGAUGGUGACAUGCUAAUGUCCGGGGAGCAGCCAAUAAAGAUCAAACCGAGGAUCAACGUGGGGAUUGGAUUUCAGGCUGAUGUCCCACCUCUUCAGGACCAAAGACACUCUCACUCAGACACCCACAAUGCACUGGUGUUGUGGACGCCCUGGGAUGCCCUGGAAAACUCAUCCACCCAGCACAGAGUGGAGUGUCUGUUGAUGAUGUCGUGUUCCAGUGUGUGUCCAGGGGGCGGGACUAACUCUGAAUACGCCCUGCACAGCCUAUCCGAGAGCAGAGGAGACUUCCUGGAAACUCUGGAGAAGAUGCUCCUUCAGCACUGGCCGAUGACAGACAACUCUCUCUCCUCCUACCACUACGCAGGGAGUGAUAAGUGGGGUCCAGUGGAGAAGAGGUUGGUGAAGAAAGCCUUCAUGAUGUACAAGAAGGACUUCCACCGCAUUCAGAAAACGGUGGGGACUAAGUCAGUGUCUCAGUGUGUAGAGUAUUACUACACCUGGAAGAGGAGGCUGCGUCUAAAUGUAAGGACCCCGGUCGGGCUGGCCAGCACACUGCCUGAGGUCUAUCCAUCUCAGCCCACCAUGAAUGGUAAAAUGGGGAUCCACACCAUUUCGACACAGAAUGCCUGCCAACCGAUCCACAGUGGUUCCUCCUGUCCCCUGCUCCAGGUUGGUUCUGGUUCUGGUUGCUGUAGCCCAGCCCUAGGAGAGGUAGAGAGGCCCAGCAAGGCUCACUUUUAUGGGCCGGUCUGUCUGAGGAUGUCCCCCUCUCUAUUCAGCUCCAGUCCCAGACCGAGCAACUCUCCCCCCAACGCCAAGCUCCACACACAGCCUACCCCUCCAUACCCCUGUAGGGCGUGUGCCAAGGUGUUCUCUAAAGUGAAGAGUCGUAAUGCUCACAUGAAGACACAUCGCCAUGAGGACCAUCAGGAGGAGGUGCACUGACCCUACACCCUAAACCCUACACCCUAAACCCUACACCGACCCUAAACCCUACACCGACACUGACCCUAACUCCUACACCCUAAACCCGACACUGACCCUACACCCUAAACCCUAAACCCUACACCGACACUGACACUGACCAUAACCCUACACCCUACACCAGCACUGACCCUAAACCAU